CUUUCACUUCAACUUUCUCCUUCUCAGUUGUGUUCUGAAACCAGCUACUGUUAUUUCCUUUUCCAGUCAAUCGUCGAUUCCAUGCAUUUUCCUUCACUUUCUCAGCGACCAAACGGGAGCUGACUCCUCCGUCCUGGUCAAUCUAGAGAACUCUUCUUUGUCAUGAACUGCCUGUCGCAACUGUCAUCGUAUACUGCUACCAUAGUCGGAAGGACCGCUCGAUUCAUCGCCGCGAACCGCUCUUCUUCUUCUUCUUCCAUUCUCUCGUUCCCGAGGAAAUCAGCGUUUUCCGGUGUUAGCUCUUGCCAUUCAGAACUCUUCCUCAACCGGUUUCAUUUUCGGUGCUAUUCCGCCCGAAAAGGGCGCAAAACCGCUUCUUCUCGGUUGCCGAAGGUGGAGCCUGAAGCGGUGAUGGAGCAGGAGAAGGACGCUUUCUAUGUGGUGCGGAAAGGGGACAUUGUUGGAGUCUAUAACAGUCUCAGUGACUCUCAGGCUCAAGUUGGAUCUUCUGUAUGCGAUCCUCCUGUUAGUGUAUACAAGGGAUAUUCGUUGUCGAAGGGCACUGAGGAAUAUCUUCUCUCGCAUGGACUAAAAAAUGCUUUGUACACUAUUGAAGCCUCUGAAUUGAAAGAGGAUUUGUUUGGCUUGCUUGUACCUUGCCCUUUCCAGGAUCCUUCUUCUACCAAAGGAGCCACAUCAAUUGAGGAUGUAUCUAAAAAGAGGUCUCUGGAAAUGCUUGAACAAGAUAAUGUGAGAGUAACUGGUCCUACAUCCAUCUCUGAUGAUCCCUUGAGAAAGCAGGUUAAAUUAGAAAAUGAUGCAGUAGCUGAAGCCUCUUCACUUGAAACUCAGACAUGUCUUCUUGAGUUUGAUGGUGCGUCAAAAGGAAAUCCUGGAAAAGCUGGUGCUGGGGCUAUUUUGCGAUCUACCGAUGGGAGUUUGAUUUGUAGGUUGCGUGAAGGCGCGGGUAUAGCAACCAACAAUGCUGCUGAAUACCGUGCAAUGAUAUUGGGAAUGAGAUAUGCUCUUAAAAAGGGGUUUACUGGCAUUCGUAUCAAAGGUGACUCUAAACUUGUUUGCAUGCAGAUUGAUGGUUCAUGGAAGGUCAAGAAUGCGAACUUGUCUUCAUUGUAUAAGGUGGCAAAAGAACUGAAGGAUAAAUUUUUAUCAUUCCAGAUCAGUCAUGUUCUAAGGAACUUCAACUCUGAGGCUGAUGCUCAAGCAAACUUGGCCAUCAAUCUUGCUGAUGGCCAAGUCCAGGAAGAGUGUGUAGAUUAAUUCAUUCCUGAAAGUUGCUGGUUAUGUUCUGGGUUUGUGGUAGAAGACCUGCAGUUUUCGGAUUAGUAUCUGUGUUUAAUUUAUUGGUGACUCCAUUAUUUAACAAUCAGAUACCCAGAAUAUAUUUUUCAAUUAGUCAUCUAUCUCUUCUCAUGAGCAUUUGGCUAAUAGUUUUUUGUCCAAUGUAGCAUUACUUUUCCGGGCUGGGUAUCGAUCCUCAGCUGUCAGGAUUGAUAGUAAUUUUUGGCAUCAACCUUUUCAAUUUCCGUCAAAAUUUUGCGGAGUCGAAGAUUCCUAUUAGCCACCUCAAGUUGGAUUUUGUGGUUUUCAUUCAUGAACAUAUGGAAGACCAGAAACUCUUACGGUCUGUUGUGAACAUGAUUCCUGUUCAAUUCAAAUAAGGUCAUUAUGCCUCA